GAAACCAAAGACCCGAUACAGUUUUUUUGGGGUUGUUGUUCUCUGUUGGUUUGAAACCCUAACUAUGCUUGCUGGGUUUCUCGCACAUUUAUUAUCUGCCAAGAGGAAGAAUCGCUGAAUCGGAUUCUUAAGCUUAUCUAUUUCGCCGGAAAAUGAGCGGCGACGACGAUGACCGGAAACGGAGCAGCCAAUGGCCGCGGACGCCGGAGAGGCCUUAUCAGAACAAAGAGGAAGACAUGAAGCUCUGGGGGAUUUUCAUCUUCGGCUUCAUUGGCGCCACCGCAACUACUUUGGCGGUUUUUCAGCUACGUAGGACUGUUGAUUGGGUCUAUUCUCAGUUGUUCAGAUCACAAUCAACAUGGAGAGGAGGGAGUGGUGGUACGCAUCGGACGUCUUUCCAGGAGGAAGCGUGGAGAAGAUAUAAUCGGCGCUUGCAAGAGGAGUAUGAAGAAGAAUUGGAGAGAGUGGAACGUAUAAGGCGUAUGCAGAGUGUGUUCAAUAGAGAGAGGAACAAACACAAAAGGAGCUACGAGAGCUGGAGGGAAAAUGGCCAGGGUCAAUAUCAUCAACAUUUCCAAAGAGAUGAUUGGUAUUGGAAGACUGAGGCAUCCUUCAAAGACAGAAGGAGUAACUACAGAGAAACUCCUAGAGAACAUAGCAACUAUUUGUUAUCGCAGCACUACUCAAUUUUAGGCCUUGACAGGUUUAGAAAAGCACCUUACACAGAUGCUGAGAUUAAGACAGCAUUUAGGACCAAGGCAAAGGAAUUUCACCCGGAUCAAAACCAAGAUAAUAAAGAGGCUGCUGAAGCGAAGUUCAAAGAAGUGAUGGUCUCAUAUGAGGCCAUAAAGAAAGAGAGGGGAAACCCAUGAAUCUGUUUUGUUGGGUACAGAUUUAUAAAUCAUUAAGUGUACUGGAAGCACAGAGGGUCAACUGCAUUUCUAUACCUUACUAGUCAACAGCAAACAACCCAACUGUGGAGUAGAAUAAUGUUCACAUUCUCAGGAGCUCUCCUGGAGAGCAGCUCGAAAGUGAGUCUGUAAUAUUGUAUUAUACAGGAAUAAUCGGUAAUUUUUGAUACACAUCAAGUAGAGGAGGACUCUGUCUUUGGAGUACAUGGUUUUAUACAUGCAGAGGCAUUGUAAUAUAUUUGAAUUACUUCUCACAGAAUGUACAACGUAUAUACUUCUCAAUUCUGUUGCUAGUGCUGUA